GUAAAGAUCUUGCUAUUGAUUAAUUUAGUUAGCAUUUGAUAGAGGCAAGUGAAACAUCUCAAAUCUUAUAACAGUAUGCCGCUAGUGUUCUACUACCUGUCGCUGUCGCCUCCGGCGCGAUCUGUCGAUCUGGUCAUCCACGCUCUUGGUCUCUCUGCGGAAUACAGAGUCGUGGAUACGCUGAAUAAGGAGCAAUUCAAACCAGACUUCCUGAAGUUGAACCCGAUUCAUACAAUUCCUCUAAUUAUUGAUGACGGAUUCAUUCUUUGGGAAAGCCAUGCCAUCAUGGCAUACUUGGUGUCCAAGUAUGCCAAGGACGAUUGUCUCUAUCCGAAGGACCAGAAGAAGCGAGCCAUCGUGGAUCAGAGGAUGCAUUACCACAACGAUGUCUUUUACCUUCUCCGUAGUAUCAUUAGAAAGAUACUGUACGGAAACCUGAGAGUAUUGACUGACUCACAUAUACAGCAAGUACGGGAGGUUCAGAUCAACUUGGAGAAGCUGCUGGAAGGCAACAAGUACAUGGGCGGAGACUCUCUCACUCUAGCUGACUACAGCUUCAUCACAUUAGUAGACAUCCUCGAGGCCUACUUGCCGAUGGAAAACAAAUUCCCAUUGAUCAAAGCUUGGGAAGCUCGUUGUAAAACGUCAAUGAAGAAUUUCAAACACGUUAAUGAGAAAGGUGCAGCUGAUAUCGUCGCCAAGAUAAGAGACAAAAUGUCGUCAAUGGAGAAUUUAUUUUAAAUAGUUUCUUUUCAAUUUCUGAUGGGCGUAUGUUGCUGAAGGGAGAAAAAUGUUUCCCAAUACGCCUAUUUGGAUCGUCCAAUGCCAAGAGAUGAUGAAGAAUUUCUACUUUGUGGAUGAAAAGAGAGCUGAUAAAAUUAUCGACAAAUUCCAAAAAUUAGGAUACUUCAUGAACAUUAUCUUCUUGAAAGAAAAUUUACAAGAUUGUGUAAUAUUGGAACAAGUAAAUAUUUAAACUAAAUGAUAGUUACAGGUAUGGAAAUACAAUAUUAUUUUAACAUUUGAA